GAUCUCGGUAUCUCUGGGGAUCAUUGGUCCUGGAUUGCCGACUACUUGUCCGAUUGUUCGCAAAUGACGGUCUUAAAUGGGUGCCAAUCACAGUCCAUGUCAGUUAAAUAUGGUGUUCCCCAAGGAUCGGUGCUUGGCCCUAUUUUGUUCUCUCUCUACUGCAACGACCUGCCAGAAAUCUGCGAUGAUGAUGAAGGUGAUAUCUACAUGUAUGCCGACGACACCACCAUAUAUGUAAUUGGCCCAACUCAUGAUUCUGUUGCCACAACACUCAAUAGAGUUAUAUGUAAGCUACAUGAGUGGUGUUGCAAUAACUUUUUAACACCACACCCGGACAAAACUGAAUUCAUGAUACUUGGGCGAGGUAAAUUCGUGGGGCCAUUGCAAAGUAUUAAAUUAGGAAAUACUUACCUCAAACAAGUCGAGUCUUCCAGAUGUUUAGGAAUUGAAAUAGAUAGUACAUUAAAGUGGAAAGCUCAUGUAACCGAUCUAACUAAGUCAUUCGCACAAAAACUUAAUCUUUUAAAGUCUCUUUAUUUUUUACCAACUAAGGCAAGGGCUGAUUUUUACUUUAAAGUUAUAUUACCCUCAAUCACAUAUGGGCUCGUAAUAUGGGGAUCAUGUGGAAAAACCCUAUUUGAUGAACUAGAGCGUAUACACGUACGGGCGGCCAAGGUGAUUUACAAGUUGGACCUGCAAACACCAACAGAGGAUGUUCUAGCCCAAACAAAUUGGAAACCUCUGGAGAAGUUAUAUUCUCAGAGAUUGUUAUUUUUAGCACAAAAUUGUUAUUAUGGUUAUUCCCCAGGGGCGGAUCUAGAGUCGUCAAAUCAGGGUUCAAAUUAA